ACUACAUGAGCGACUACUGUUCCAACACACUGGACCUGGCAGCGGCAAAAGUCCACGCUGGCCGGCUUCAAUUUCGCCGACCGCAACAAACCAUACAGACACUGGACUGCCACAUGGCCAUCAAGGCACCUGGCAACAAGAUGCUCACUUUCAAGUUCCACCAGUUUGACCUGAAGUCGACCCAUGGCUGCAACACCGACUACCUGCAGAUUUUCGGCGACACCCAGCUGCGUCUGCCUCUGACAGAGCAACUCUGUAACUCCAACAGACCAAACCGUGCUGUGGUCACGUCGGGAGAAGAAGCUUUGAUUCGGUUCAGGAAGGAUCUCUUCCAAGGGGACGAGAUAGAGCUCGUCUUCACUACCUUUCGAUUUGCGCCGUGCUCAAAGUCGGAGUACCACUGCGACAACGGGCACUGUAUAGCGGAGGACCUCUACUGCAACGGCUACGACAACUGCGGCGAUAGCUCCGACAUCUGCAUCCUGAAAGAGGGAACGAUCGUCGGGAUCGUUGUCACCGCGGCUGUCGUCAUCUUCAUCUGUGCCGUUGUCACCACCAUCCUCCUGAUUCGCAGACAGAGGAAGAUAC